ACAUCGUGAAGCGAUAAAAAACCAUAAAACCGACAAUUUGUCGGCGACAAAUGAUAAAGAAACAGUUUAUUUCAUACCAAAUCGAAAGCAGCAUGAGGAUAAAAAGUAGUUUAUGUGUUAUCUUUAUCGUGCAUAUGAGCAGAAAGCAAAGACGAACUCAUUUCGAAACACUUCAAUUUCUAAUAACGCUUGGGCAGCUGCGAUGUUUUAUCGAAUUGUGUAUACGAGUGGUGUAAAUGUGUAUUGUAAUUGUGGCUACUUCAACGGAAUAAAUUUUAGAUUAGAUUCUCUAAGUUUUUAGUUUCACACGAAAGUACAAUUCAGUUUCUAGUCAGCGAAGUUGAAUUUUUUCCUAGGACAGCGCCCGUUCUGCGAAUAAAAAUACAUUCAUUUGCGACUGAAUGUUCAAAUGAGCUGGCUGGGUUGUUAAGUUGAAGUUAAAGUUACGAACAUUUUUCGUUGAGUGCGAAACGAUCACGAGAGCAAGCUACUAAUAAAAUCAUUUAUUUUUUCAUCUUGGUAUGGUGUGAUGAACUUUUCAUUCUUAUUUUGUCGUUGCAACAAAUUUCAAUCAAAUUCGCUGUUUCAUUUCUUGGCUUGAACAAUAAUCGAAUUUGUGAGGAAGAAUCAAAUUUGGACCCUCAUACUAUUCUAAAUUUAUAUUUAGUGGAGCUUACCUGCUUCAUUUCUUGGCUUGAACAAUAAUCGAAUUUGUGCGGAGAAACCAAAUUGGGACCCCCUACUAUUUUAUAUUUGCAGGAAUAUACCAUAAGUGCUUUGGAUUAUCACAUAUAAAAUGAACGAAUUCAAAAUGGAAGAUAUUCACAAAAUCAUGGAAAGAAUGCUAAUUAUGAAUUCUGCAAAUCCGCAUUCUAAAAAGACAAUUCAUAUGCCGUUGGAAAAACUUGAUCCAAAAUUCAAUAAUAGGCCUAUGCAAUUGAAUAGAAUUUUCCCUCCUUCAUCUUCUAACACAAAUAUGGAACUUUCACAAAAAGAGAAAAUGCUAAGGGAUGACAUCCUAAAAGGAGUAGAGAAUAUUGUGCGUAAAUACACUGUAUCUAGAUCGGAACUUAUUGAUAUCCUGUCACAAAGACCCUCAGAUGAUUCUGCAAAUAUAGAAGAGCGCCUGCAGCAGUUGCAAUUUUUAGCAUUUUUGCAAGCUAUGAGUAGUAAAAAUGGUAAUGAUGGUGAUAGUGACAGUGAUGACAAUGAUAGCAGUGAUGACACUGAAGUCGAUGAAAAAGAUGGCGAUAGUUCUGAGCAUGACAGCGCAGUCUUCUGUGGAACCAAUGAUAAAAUUUUUAUUCGUGAUAAAAAGUUAGAAUCAGAUAUGCAUUUGGCAAAGAUAAGAACAAAACUGAUGAUGACAGUCAUUAAAAAGGCAAUCAGCAAAGAUUACCCAUUUUUGUGGGGUGCGGAAAUGAAUAAAUCGCAUUAUGCAAAUGAAAUACUUUCUAAUUUUGUGAUUCGAUCACCUGGUGAUGAAAAUAAAUUCCAAUUUUUGAGUGCAAGGUAUGAAGAAAAGAAUGAAAUCAACAAAAAAAUCCGCAAAAUUGAUAUUUUUGAAAAACAUGGCGAAUACAGUAUACACAAAUUUUUCAAAUCAUUUUGUGAUGCCAUUGAAGACUCUCUGUUCAACGAAACGUUGUCAGGGAAACCUUAUGAUAUUGCUGACAUCAUUAUUAUCACAAACAAAGAGUUAGAUUGCAAAAGGAUUUUCGAUUCACAUGAACUACAAGAUAAUGAAUUUUCAUUCAUUAAAGAGGGUGCAAUAGUUUCAUCAAUCAAGACGGAGCGCUACGAUGAUAUAAAACAGCAAAUCAAUCCUUCACAAGACUACGGGAAAUAUGUCUUACCAUUUUUACAAAAAUUGAAAUUUAUUUCGUUCCCAAAUGAGGAAGAAUUUAACAUUUGGUUGGAUAAUGAGCUCAAGGAUGAUAUUUUGGAGUUUCUAGAUGCAACUGAAAUUAGUUCUAUUUCAGCUGAUCAGAAUAGUUUUCUUAAUUUUGAUGGAAUAGAAACUCUUAUCAAUGUCAAGGCUGGAUUCUUAACUCCGGUAGAUGGUAAAACUCUUUUCAAUGAAAUGGCCAAACAAUUCAAUAAUUUAAUGCAUCGUGAAAUAAGUAGGGAUAAUAUCUGCAAACUUAAGUCGUAUGGACUCUCAUUUGAAUCAAACUAUGUCGAUGAAUUGAAAAAAAGAUUGUCUGCAGAUAAAAGACUUAUUGUAAUAAGCACAGAAUGCCCCCAACUGAGUGCAAUCAAAAUUUUGCAAAAUUACAAAAGUUGGAAUACGAUAAAAACAGCGGAAUGGCUCCAUGAUAAUGAUUUCAUUUUCGUAAAUUCCGAUGGAUUCGUACAUUACUAUGAAACACAAAACAUUAUUAAGAAAUCUUUUUACUCAGAUCAGUGUCCAAAUCUUUUACUAAUAGAAUGCGUUUCAAUGAAUGUUAGUGACUUUUUUUACAUUAUAAAUACCUGUACUGAAUGGCUUGAAUCUGUGGCGGGAAAACAAAUUAUUAUAAUUAUCGAAGAUAAACACGAAUCAGAAUUUAUCGAUUUAUUUAGAAUGGAUAAGAAUAUUCAUGUAAUUAAUGAUAAGAACAUUAGUUUUAAGCAUCUAACAACAGAUGUACAGGAAAAUAUUUUGGAGGAAAAAGAAGGUUAUAUUGAUGGAUUAACCGAAAAUGAUGCAAGAGAAUUGAUGCAUCCACAAUGUUUAUGGCAACUCGUCGCUAAAAAUACCUUCAACAAAAAGAAUCUGUCGAGGGUUCCAUUUUUUCUUCGAAGCAAAAUAGGGACUUGUUAUGAUAAGUAAUACUGCUGUAAUGUACCUAUGGUUUGAAUGUACACACACAGAAACCAUGUGGUUUUUUUCACCGUACUUGUGGAGUAUACUAAGAAAAGAGUUUACUCCACAAGUACGGUGAAAAUAAACCACAAAUAGUUUUUGUGUGUAUACAGCAGCGCCGUAGCCAGAAAAAAAAUUGGAGGGUGCAAAAUCGAAAUUUUUCUUUUGUUGCACCUUUGAAACCCGAUUUUGCACCCGAUUUUGUUGCACCUUUGAAAUUUUUGGAGGGUGCAAUGCACCCAUUGCGCCGGCCUGGCUACGGCGCUGGUAUACAGUAACCGCAAAAAAUUAGGAAUCUAUAUAUAAAAUAUUUUUUUAAUACAGAUAUUUCACCUGCAUAUAAAUCUAUUUGGUAUUUUUUUGAGAUGCUUUACCGAACGUGCAUGAGUACGCAAAUAAAAAUUCAUAUCCAAAUGUGCUCUGAAUGUGAAUUGAGCACAAAUUUAUUGGUGAGUCAUACUAUAUUUUGGAGCAUAUUGAACGUACAUUUUGAUAUGGAUUUUUAUUUAUAUAUAUAUCUAUACGCGUUCGGUAGGGUAAACUAAAUAGGUCCCCACAGAAAACCAAAACUAAAUUUAUAAAUCAAUGGUUACAUCUUGAGCACAUUACUGGUUUAUCGCAAGAAAACUCUAUCAGUUGAUAAAGCUACGAACUACCAAAGCAUUGCAGAGAUACGGAUGUUAGUUUUACAAAGUUUGAAAUUUCACAAUCGUAUGUAAUUAACCUAGGGAUUUCACGCAAACUUGAAGGCCGAAGAUUUUACUAAAUAGCUGGAAAUAAAACCAUUUUAUGUGUAAACUAUAAUAUUAUAUAUAUAUAAUAGAUAUUGCUUCUUUUCAUUCAUAAACUCGAAUUUUUUAGAAUUUUUUGAAUCUAAAAACCGCUCCUGGUUCUGGAAGUGGAUCCUCAGGAUGGACCAGGGCAUUGUCAAACCCAGUCUGAUCCAUCUUGAAGAUCCACCAAAACCCACUUCCAGAACAUAAUUUUCAAGGUGAAUGUUGAAAUAUUUCGAAAUAAUACGGAUUUUGGUGAAACCCAGAGAAUUUUAGAGAAAAGAGAGAAAUAUUGAAAUUUUAGAUGAAUUUUAAGUUGCGUGAAACCCCUAGUAAUUAACAUAACUUUUUUGUUAAAAUCGUUCUUUGUAAAAGAAAAUCUUCAAUAUGAGUGUGAAAAUGAAUUUGAAAACUGCAAAUUUGUAUCAAUAAAUCAUCAUAUUUCGCCGUUUUAGCACUACAUGUAAUGCAGGCUACAGAUCUAGUUUUUUUUUUUCUAGGAAAGAAUAAGCGGCAGAUGUCAACCAUUCUCCACUUCCAUUGGAUUUCAACGGUCAAAGUGUAUCUAAAUGCAAGUGGAGACGGUGUGUAGAAAAUAGUGUAGAAAAACUUUCAAAAUGGGGAAGGUUCUUUCUAAGAUUAGGAUUAAUUCAUUUUGAUAUACAUAUUAAUUAUUCUAAAUAAAGCAAUUAUCAUCCAAA